AUGGGCAUAGACUCCGGAAUAGCCGGAGAAACCAUUUCUUUAUUGAAGGUAUUAAGCAGUAUUGCAGAAAACAAUACUUUACAAAAUUAUUUAGAUGCAAACUGCCUGUUUUUAACUAAUUUCAUUUUUUAUCCGGAACAAAUUCCAAAAAGUCCAAUCAUAACCCACGCACUGCUUAGUUAUUGUGAUGCAACUCAUGCGGGCAUGUCUUCUUUAUCACUAGAUGGGUUUGAAUUUUUACAAAAUGCUUCUGUUUUCAACAAAUACAAGGUCUUUUAUAAUAUAGACUUACUUAUACUAUCUAGAAGUCGCAUUUAUUCUAGUACAUUGGCCCAGUUAAAUAAUAAUGCAUGCUUAAACUUUAUUAAAAUAUGCAAAAACACAGUUAUAGAUUUUGAUUCUAAGUUAGAUCUAAGCUCAUCAAAAAUAUUUAGUGUAGAAAUAGAUGGAAUAGACAGAAAGUAUAUAGAUCCAUUGUUAACUGGAUUGCUUUCUUUUGAUAUCUUAAUAGAUAUAACUAUAAGCAAUAUUAACUUUAUGAGCACAUCUUCACUUAACAAUAUAACAAAGCUGAGUAAAAUAGACAAGUUUACUCUCCAAAAUAUAGUUUUUGAAGGUUCGCCAGACUUCUCUUUUCUUAGAAAAAUGGAUAAACUUUCCGAUUUAACUAUGAAUAAUAUUUUCUAUUCGUAUACAAAUGAAUUUAAAAUAGAAGACUUGGAUAGAAUUAAGCAGAAUCCAGAAGAAUACUUAAGAAUAACAGCUGAGCCAGAAGACUCUUCUGCACAGAAACAAACAGUAUUAAACAAGUCAGACGAUAUAGUAAGAAAGAACAAAGCAGUUGGUGAGUCUAUUUCUCCUAAAUUGGUUAAUGUAGACAGCAAGUUAUACAAUGAUUUAGGACUAUGUAAAUUAAAACCCAAAGAAAGUAAUAAUUCAUGUUAUAUGAAUAUUCAAUUAGCACCUAAAUCAUUGGAUGGUAAGCCAAUGUCAACUAAAUUUAGAUUUAGCUUAGAAAAAGAAAGCAUUAAUGUUUCUCUUUUCUCCGGCGAUACUCAGAUUCAAGAUGUAAUUGAUUGUCUUAAAUGCAUUGACUUUCCAUUCACACGGGAAACAACUAUAGAUGAAAUUAUAUUUACUAGUUAUUGUAUGCUAUUUAGUGAUAGUGAAAUAAUGGAAACAAUUUCUGAUAGGUUAUUUAAGUAUGCAGAGCACAAUAGGAUUAAGAAAAUCAAAGUUUCAUCCAGACUUACUCCCACUCCAAUGGAUAUGUACAGAGUUGUUAUGUUUAAUAGCAAAAUGCCUACUCUUGAAGAAAUGACUCUAUCUAAGAUUAAACUAACACCAACUAAAACAUCUGCCCAAAACGAUGAUGAGAAAAAUGCAUUGGAAUCUUACUGCACUUUUAUUAAAAAAGAUUCUUCUUAUACAGAACUUCAUUUUGUAAAAGAUGGAGAUAUUAUGAAAAUAGAACAGAAACCAAGAACUGAAAGAGAGUUGUUAAUACAAAAACUAUUUGAUCAAAACAAGACAUAAAAAUAGAAGUUUGUCUUUAGUUUGUAUUAUAUAACUGUAAUAAAUAUCCAAC